ACUUUAUGCGACUACAGACCGGAUAGGGGACUAUAAAAGCGGUGCUGGAAAUCAAAGCUGCAUCAGUUCAGCUCCAGCAGUCAAGCCCAAGCUAACACAACUAAUCAAAAUGAAAUUCCUCUCGGUUGCUUUUCUUCUCGGCCUCUUGGCGUUGGCUAGCGCUUCUCCACUCAAUCCUGGCAAUGUCAUCAUCAACGGUGACUGCAAGGUCUGCAACGUUCAUGGCGGCAAGUAAUCGGCAUUUGAUGAAGACGCAGAAGGAGUCGGGAUAGAAGUAGAAUCACAGCCAUAUACUAAAUUUUUAGGCGUAAACAGCAAUAACUAUCAUGGGAAAUAAAAUUUAAUUUCAAAAACAAA